AUGGGCAGGAAAAAGCUUCUUGGGGGAAACUGGAAAAUGUGUGCCUCGCUGAGGACAUUCGAUACAGUCAAGGGCUUCAAGCACAAUUUCUUUCUGAACAACGACACAUUCAUUGCUGUUCCUUAUGUGUAUAUCCAGACUGCAAAGCAAAGAUUUCCUGCACACAUCAAGGUUGGCGCACAGGACUGCAGCAUGUUCAAUGGUGGAGCAUAUACAGGUGAGGUCUGCGCAUCUAUGCUGAAGGAAAUGGGCGCAGAGUAUGUGAUACUAGGGCAUUCUGAGAGACGAAUGUUUUUGGGAGAGGAAUCGCAGGUUAUCGCUUCAAAAAUAAGGAAUGCAUGUGAUGAGGGCCUGAAUGUAGUCCUGUGUGUUGGAGAAUGCUUGGAUGACAGAGAAAGCGGAAAGUACCUAGAUGUGAUAAAGCAGCAAAUGCAUUCCUUAGAAAGGGUGAUACAGGGACGCACAAACAUUGACAUUGCAUAUGAGCCCGUGUGGGCAAUAGGAACAAACAAAACACCUACAAACUCUCAAAUCAAGGAAGUUAUCUGCAAAAUAAAGGCAUGGGGAAAAGAAAUAGGGUUUGAAGGGCGAGUUGUUUAUGGAGGGUCUGUUUCCAUGCUAAACUGCCAAACGAUUCUUGAGGUUGAGGAAGUGGAUGGAUUUCUGAUUGGAGGCGCAUCGCAGAAUAUGGAUUUCUGCAUGAUAUCAAGCGAGCUUUCGUCUGCACAGUGA